GUGGGACAUGGCGCCCUUCGGAGAGGUAGGCUGUUUGCUGGUUUGGACCUCAGUUGGCGCGGGCUGGUAGGUGUUAUCGUUUGCGAGGAUGUUGCGCGUCGUGAGCUGGAACAUCAAUGGAAUUCGGAGGCCCCUGCAAGGUGAGGUACACCGGGAACCCAGUAAGUGUGCCCCCGUGGCCAUCGGGCGCAUUUUGAGCGAGCUGAAUGCUGAUAUUAUCUGUCUCCAGGAAACCAAAGUGACCAGGGAUGUACUGACAGAGCCUUUGGCUAUCGUUGAGGGCUAUAACUCCUAUUUCAGCUUCAGCCGCAAUCGUAGUGGCUAUUCCGGUGUAGCCACCUUCUGUAAGAACUGCGCUACUCCGGUGGCGGCUGAAGAAGGCUUGAGUGGCCUGCUUGCCACUCAGAAAGGGGACGUGGGCUGUUAUGGAAAUAUGGAUGAAUUCACCCAAGAGGAGCUCCGGGGUCUGGAUAGUGAGGGCCGUGCCCUCCUCACACAGCACAAGAUCCACACAGAGGAAGGGAAGGAGAGGACCUUGACGCUAAUCAACGUGUAUUGCCCUCGUGUGGACCCUGGGAAGCCUGAGCGGUUGGCCUUUAAGAUGCGCUUCUAUCGCUUGCUGCAGAUCCGAGCAGAAGCCCUCCUGGCAGCUGGCAGCCAUGUGAUUAUUCUGGGUGACCUGAACACAGCCCACCGCCCCAUUGACCACUGGGACGCAGUCAACUUGGAAAGUUUUGAAGAGGACCCAGGACGGAAAUGGAUGGAUGGCUUGCUCAGUAACCUGGGCUGCCAGUCUGGCUCCCAUGUAGGACCCUUCAUUGAUAGCUACCGCUACUUCCAACCAAAGCAGAAAGGGGCCUUCACCUGCUGGUCAGUGGUCACUGGUGCCCGCCAUCUCAACUAUGGCUCCCGAAUUGAUUAUGUGCUGGGUGACAGGACGCUGGUCAUAGACACUUUCCAGGCCUCCUUUCUGCUGCCUGACGUCAUGGGCUCUGAUCACUGCCCCGUGGGUGCAGUCUUAAAUGUGUCCCCUGUGCCUGCAAAACAGUGCCCACCUCUGUGCACUCGCUUCCUCCCUGAGUUUGCAGGCACCCAGCUCAAGAUCCUUCGCUUCCUAGUUCCUCUUGAACAAGAUCCUGUUUUGGAGCAGUCAGCACUGCAGCUCAGUGAUCAAACCUUGGUGCAGAAGUGCCAAAACAAAGGCUACCUACGCUCAACCAGGUCUCGGCCCAGUCAGACUGGCUCCAACAGAGGCCAGAAAAGUCUGAAGAGCUACUUCCAACCUUCCUCCUGCCGUCCCAAAGCCUCUCCUGACUUAGAGUUGCCUAGCCUGCCACUCAUGGGUGCUCUUAUUACCCCAAAGAAUUCGGAAGAGGAGGCAACAACCAAAGUGGUAGAGGAACAGGCCAAGGCUUCAGAGGCCAAAGAUGAGAAGGAGGUACGAACUUCAUUCUGGAAAUCUGUGCUGGGGGGCCCCAUGCCCACACCCCUCUGUGGUGGCCACAGGGAGCCAUGUGUGAUGCGUACUGUGAAGAAGCCAGGACCCAACCUGGGCCGCUGCUUCUACAUUUGUGCCAGACCUCAGGGUCCACCCACUGACCUCUCCUCUCGCUGCAACUUCUUCCUCUGGAAAGGAUCCAGCUGAACCAAUGAGGCCCUGAGAUGUCCAGCAUGGUCACCUCUGCACAUGAUCUGAGGCCAGCUCUCCUCCUGAGCUGCCAGUGCUGCCAGUGCUGUAUCCAGGGCUCUUUGUCCUCUCCCCCUUUUUCCUUUUUCUUCCUUUUUCUCUUCCUCCUCUGUCCUCUCUCUUCCUGCCUAGGUCCUUCUUGUUGGUGAAGCUUAAUUAUGCCUUAAUCCUGUGACAUACUUUCCUGUCACAAGUACAUGGG